AUGCUACCUACACCGCGCUCUUGUCUGUCAAGCCCUAUUGAUACUCUAGCCACUGCCACUGGUUCUCUGCAGCCAGCCCUUAUAGCUGCUCCAGGUGCCACCGCUUCUACAGGGCCACUGAGUAUAGUCUCAAGUCUCUGUACAUCUUCAACUGGCUCUCCAUCCGGUUCUGCCGGCCAAUUCGCUAGCUUAGAACCUCUCUCUGCUUGCCUGGUGACUGGAUCUUCUAAUACUAUGCUUGGCUUGUGGAAUGGUGGAGGUGGCAGUGGUAGUAGUGGCAGUAACUGCAAUAGCAACUGUGGCAGCAAUGCCAGUCUUAUUAGUCAGGACGCUCUGCCUGCCACAUUUCCUCCUCAACAUGUGGCUCCCACAAGCUCUGGCGAAGGCUCUAUCGAUCCAACUGAUCCGAGACAGACAACAUCCACGCCUUUUUCCACUUGCAGCCAAUUGUCUAAAGGUCUUCUGAAAUUGGCUUCUCUUCCAGUCGCACCCAGUCACACGCUGUCUGGUAUGGAGCCUGGAAUCGUGAGUUGA